UUUUGAAGAAAUAAAGGUUUCCGGCCGUAAGAUACAGAAAUAUCCCCCCUCCCCCCAAAAACAAUGUUGGUUGAAAAGCCUAUUACUUACCCUUGCUGAUAAAGUGAAUGUUGCUAUUCAACAUUGUUUGAAGGGGGAGAGGGGGAUGCUACUGAAGUUAUGCGAAAUUUUAGCUUGGUGUACCAAGACUUUUGGCAAGGAUUGUAGCUUUGAAUACAGACGUUUGAAAAACCGUCGAAUUUCUCUUGAAAUGUUUUGCUUUCCGGAAUAUGUGUUUUAUCAGAAAAUUGGAAUGGUCCAAGCAGCAGCUUGUUUAUAAAUGGGCUUUUGUGAUUGGCUCAUUUUUCAAUGACAGGAUUCAUUUCAUCAAUACAUUGUUCCUAUAAUGGCCUAUUAGCUUUAAUGGGAAGUUUUAUCACACCGGUUUCUAUUUCGAUGGCAAUAGCAAAGACUUUAAUUCUUGAAAGCACGACUCGUAAACAAUCUUCCUCCUUGCCGCUCUGUUCAUUGCUUUCCUGCUUUCUUCCACUGCACCCAAGGCCUUUCCAUUGAUAUUUUUCAUCCAAUUCAAUCUUGGUCUGCCUUGCUUCCAUUUGUCUUCUACAUACCCCUCUAGUAUGGUAUGUGAGACGGUGUUACUGUGCCUACAAACAUGGCCAAGCCAUUCCAACCUCCUCUUCUUCUCAAUCGUCAGUAGCUCCUCUGUUUGACCUACCUGGUUUCUUCUAAUACAUGAACUGACUUCGGCAUUGGUUACGUGAUCCGUGUAUGAUAUUUUAAGCAAGCGUCUAUACACAUUAUGUAAAACUAUAUUAUGUGUAAACUACAUCUUUCUUGGAGACAUUUGCGCUUUCGGCCGGUGCUGUUUAAGGGGGAGAAGGUAAUGAAAGUAUGAACAGGGAAGGGUUAUGCCUUUUUGACAUCUGCUUAAGAAAGACUUUGCAAUCAAACUUGAACAAAAACAGAAGACUCUGAAUGUACAUGUUUGUAAUUGAAUCUAAUAUCUGUUGAUUGAUAGCAAAAAGAAAAGAGUAAAAGGUUUUAUCGCCCGUACCUCAAUAGCUUGUUUUUAUCUAUCACGGGGAAGAAGCAAAACAAAUGGUUCACAUGGUAUAAAGUGUUACCACGAUGUUUGAGGGGGAAUCCUUGAUUUCAGCCCAAUUUUCGGUUUUUUUGCUGGCUCUUGAAUUAUAAUAUUGUAGAGUAUUUGGUGAUGGCUUAUUUUUCAAAUGAAGUGUUUACUCAGCUUUUUGGUCAAUAGCAUUUUACACAAAAUAGAAUCAGCCCCAGGUGAUAUGAAACAGUAUAUCCCCAGUUGUUUGCAGACUUUUUAUGUAGACAUAAAUAUCGAAAAUCUUAAUUCCUUUUGUCAGGAAAAAGUAAUAAGAAACGGAUGUCAUCGUUUUUAUUCAAAGUUGUUUGUUUAAUCUUUGCACCUGUUGUUGACGCAGUUAUAACUACUAGGGUGGUUGCUUCAAAGAGGCAGGAACAUUUUCUCAUAGUCGUUUGACGUUGAAGAGAAACUGGAAAACAAAGAUGGUCGUAAUCAGAAAUCUCUUUAAAGUAUUCUUCGUUUCUUUGUGUACAAACUCAGCAUAUCCGGAAAUUUUCACAGCUGGUACCUUUUACGAUGUUUCAUUCGUGAGUGGGGAUGCAGAAUUACCCUCCUUGGAGUAUCUGGUCGUUCUAAAUGAAUGUGAAGCGCAAAGCUCUUGCAUCCAUGUCGUGAAACUGAAGAAGACAGGGGAACUAAAGAAAAUCACCUCUGUUAAAGAGCUUGAAGAACUGAAAAACAAGGGUGAUGUUGCUUUGGUAUGGACGAAGAUGCCUAGAAAGCUCAAGAACGUUGCAUUUAAAGGAAAUACCAAGGCCAUAUCAAAUAGUGGGGUAAAUUCUUUGGCCGUCGAUGGAAGCAAAGACAACCAAUACCAAUCAUGCUUUCACUCAGCCAGCGCUGAUAUUUCACACUGGUGGAGAGUAGCAUUUGGGGCACCUGUGCUUGUUUACAGUGUGACAAUAACAAACGCUGGUGGUGGGUUAUACCCACAACUGGCUGCAUUUUUCAAAGAGGUUGAUAUCAGAGUUGGAUAUCAAGAUACCAAUGGAGUGAAUCCAUACUGCAGACGAAACAUCUCCAUAGCAACCCUUGCCACAGUUGAUUUCAGGUGUGACAAUGAGGUGCCAGGCACAUUCUUAUUCAUCGAGAAACAAAUUACCCAGUUGUAUUUAUGCGAAGUAGAGGUUUUUGGUAUAUUCCUUUUCUGAAUUCCUUACAUUUGAACACCAUGAAAGCUGUUGAUGGCUUUUCAAGGCAUCUCUGUAGACGUAGGGCUACGACAAAGAGGUUUAUGGUAUAGAUCUAGUACACACGGGGCUGCAACACAUCCAGUCUACUCAAGAAGGAUUCACAGAACUCAUCUAGAUCCAUUAGAGGCGUUUGGAAAGACAGGAUAAAAGUAUCACAAAGAGGUUGGCACAGGAUUAACCUCCUCCCUUUAAACAGUCUAAAAUCUGAUAUUAUUUAUAGUGAUAUGAUUACAUUUACACAAUAUAUAAUCUAUUGAAAAUAAACUUGCCGAUUAUGAAUUUCCUGUUUGUUUUUGAAUACUUUGUAUAGUUAAUUCCGACGGUUGGACAGAAUUACGAAGAAUUUCGUUGUCGCUUUGUUGAAAUUGAGACGCCUGCUAGUCCUGGGUUUUAAAUGCGAGAUAUAGAAUGAUGCCGCUUGGUACCACUGUCCCCUUUGAGUGGCCCUUGACUACCAAGAGUAUGAUGAAGUUAGUUUCUGCAAGCUGUUUUUGAUGUCUGGCUGAAAAAUCGUUUUGUUUGUUUUUUUCGAGUCGUUUUCUCCUUGUUCUUCAGAGACUCCAAGCAAGGAAGGUGCUUGGGAAGAUCCACCGAUUUUCUCCUUCUCGACCUCUCUUUUCAAUCAUGAUUUUAAAAUUGAUUUUUCUUCAAACAACAUCAACUGUCGCGUUGCUCAAGAUGGGGCGCGUUGCUCAAGAUGGGGCGCGUUGCUCAAGAUGGGGCGCGUUGCUCAAGAUGGGGCGCGUUGCUCAAGAUGGGGCGCGUUGCUCAAGAUGGGGCGCGUUGCUCAAGAUUGGGCGCGUUGCUCAAGAUGGGGCGCGUUGCUCAAGAUGGGGCGCGUUCCUCAAAAUGGGGCGCGUUGCUCAGUGAGGACCACGCUGACAACGAGAGAAGUAUGCUACUGGAAGGAACAGAACUCCAUUUAGAAGCAGGUUUGAUCAUAGUGGUUUAAUAUAUAAGAAGGGAAUGUGAGGAUAAUGAAAGUACUUGGUGAACUGUACAUAGUUUGUAGACAAGUGGCAAGAUACAAAUCAUGGGAUUGAUGAGAUCAAUUUAGUAUUUUACAGAAGUUUCAAUACCGACAAACCUAAGACUUAUGUUGACAGAGGGUACCCAUUAGGUCCCCUUAUUCCCAAAUUCCCGCUACGUUUUUAGCCUGAUUCCUGAUCAUCAAUUCCCGAACGCGAGGUUAUCGAUUCCCGAUUCCUGGCUCCAAAAAAUGACGAAUUCCACUUCCCCGGAAAACAUAUUUGGUACCCUCUGAACCAAAGAAAAGGAGGCAAGGACUUCGAGAAAGACGCGGCCAGGGUUCUUAUAGGGUACAGUCCAGUGAACCCUUGCACCCUAACAACAGCAUCAUUCAAGCUUUGGCACCAACUUUCGGGUCAGGGGAGAUGAAAUAGAAUAUUUAUGUAACAAAUUGCAAGAAACAUGAAAUACUAUCUUUAGCAGAGAUAUCAAAAUCAUUAUUGGUAACCUAAACGCCUAGAUGAUAAAGACUAUUGCUGAGAAUACGUAUUCAAAAAUCCUCGGGACACAGUAUUUUUGCCUCGCCUUUGCUGGAAGCUCUCCUGUCGCAGUUUUGUUACGUUCUUCACGUGUGUCAUACGCAGUCAGCACAACCGCCCAAGAUAAAGGCAGAGUUAGCGUUCAUGGUACGUUCUUUAAUCACGUUGCAGUAAAUUCAUUAUAUAGAACUAAGAAACAGUCUCUCACUUUGCUUAAUCCUGAAAAUACAACAACUAUUGAGACUAUCUUAGCUUUUGCAUCUUUUUACUUUGUUAGCAGUUUCCUUCAUACAAGACUCUUAUUAAUAGCUCUAAUUAAUUGUUCUGAAAAGGCCUAUCUUGUAUAAAUUUGUAUUAUUAUGAUUACUAUUAUAGCUUUGGACAUGGUGAACAAAGUGAAAGGGGUAAAGAUCUUGUUGUGCUCCCUUGCACCACAAGUCUGGUGAUAACAAACACGUGGUUUCAGCAUCAUCCAAGAACCUUUAUCAAAGAUGCAGAUGGUGGUAAAGUUAGAGGAUGAUUUAAAGACUGCUGCAGAAAAGCUCUAUGACAAAGUGAGAACAUAGCAACAUAUUUUGGCUGCCAUGUGUCAACAUGCCAACGUGCCAUUUUCUGCUACGUUUCAACAUGUCAAAUGUUUGUUCGUCUAAACCUGCCUUUUUGGAAAUGAGACAAUAAUUUAAUAUUUUAGUUUUAAACUAUUAUUAUAAUCAUUCAAUCGCAUGGUCUCUAAAUGAAUUUAGGUACAGCGUAUGUUUUGAACUUUUUUGAUAAAUAGGUAUAAAAAAUAUGGUAAAUCAUCUAAUUAACCUGCGGUGUAUAACUUGGAUUCUUGCUCUUCAGAAGAGAAUAUUUGAAAGAGCGUUGAUUUCCUAUUCUU